CAUUUAUACGGAGUACAAAUCUUUUUCAAUCCUUUCUUCACUACUCAGUAAUCAGUAAAUCCUUUAGGUAUGUCUUAUUACCUGUUUCCAUAUGCAACCCACCUCAUUCUAUUGGGAUUUCGGAUUCAACUUUGGUAACAACUAGGUUGGGUUUAAUGCUUUGGUACUAUUGUUACUUGUUGGUAAUUUCAUUGAUGUUUCAAAACUGAAAUGAUCUCCAAACAUUUCACACUGCAAAGUUGGUAAUUUUCUCUUCAUUUCUCUCCUACUUAAAUCUUCAAUGGAAGAAGCUAGGUACUUCACUUUCAGUUGCACCAUUUUUAUGUUAUUUUUUAUUCCUGUUUUAUUUCAAACCGCGUUUUCUUUGACUUCUGAUGAAAAUGCUUUAACUUCACUUUUUGCAAACUGGGUGGUUCCUAAUUCAGUAAAACUUAACUGGGUUUCUUCCAAUUCUAGCCCAUGUUCAUGGGUUGGUAUUCAAUGUGACAAAACCCAUCAUGUAGUUUCUCUCAGCUUGUCAAAUUUUAGCAUUUCCGGGGUUUUAGGUGCAGAAAUUGGUGAAUUGUCUCAUUUGAAAUCUAUUGAUCUUAGUUUUAACAACAUUUCCGGUACAAUUCCUGCUGAUAUUUCCAAUUGUAGUCUUCUUCGGUCUUUGGACCUUUCAAACAACCAUUUGAGUGGUGAAAUUCCUGAAACCUUGGGAAAUUUGCAUAAGUUGAGGGUUCUUAGCUUGUAUAACAACUUUUUAACAUCCUGGAUUCCGGAAUCAUUGUUUGGGAUUUCACAUUUGCAAUCACUCUUUCUGAGUGAUAACCAGCUCAGGGGCUCAAUUCCUUCCAAUAUAGGAAAUGCCAGUGAACUUGUUUCUCUUUAUCUUUAUGGAAAUCAGUUAUCUGGAAUAAUACCUUCUUCUUUAGGAGAUUGUACCGCCCUUACAGAAGUCUUAUUGAGUGAUAAUCAACUUGUAGGUUUACUGCCUGAGAGUCUAAAUAACCUUGAAAAUUUGAGCUAUCUAGAUGUCAGCUCAAACAGCUUGGAAGGUUCCAUUCCUAUAGGUUCAGGUUCAGGUAGCUGUGAGAAUUUGCAAGGAAUUGUUUUGUCGUUUAAUAAAUUUGGUGGUGUUAUUCCUCAUGGUUUGGGUAACUGCAGCAAUAUGGAGCUGUUUUCUGUAGUGAAUAACCACUUGACAGGAAACAUCCCAGCUUCAUUAGGUCGGCUUUCCAAGCUUUCUGAACUUUACCUUUCAGAGAACUUUCUGUCAGGGAAGAUACCGCCAGAACUUGGGAACUGCGAAUCUUUGACCAAGUUACACCUCAAAGAGAACAAACUUGUGGGUGAGAUUCCAACUGAACUUGGGUUUCUAAGUAAAUUAAGCAACCUUGAAUUAUUUAAUAAUCGACUCACAGGAGAGUUUCCACUCAGCAUUUGGAAAAUUCAGACCCUUGAGCAUGUUAUGAUUUAUGGUAACAGCUUAUCAGGAGAGCUGCCUCAGGAACUGACAGAGCUGAUGAACCUCAAGAAUAUCUCUUUACAUGAGAACCAUUUUUCCGGGGUCAUACCACGAGGUUUGGGGAUCAAUAGUAGUUUGGUGCAGGUUGAAUUCACAAACAACAAAUUCAGUGGCGAAAUUCCUCCUCACCUUUGUUUUGGUAAACAGCUCAAGGUUCUUAACAUGGGUCAAAAUAUGCUUAGUGGUGGUGUACCUCCUGACAUUGGAAGUUGCUCAAGUUUGACUAGGUUGAGACUUAAUCAAAAUAAGCUCACAGGAAUGCUACCUGAAUUUUCCGAGAAUCACAACCUCCUUUUUAUGGACUUGAGUGAAAAUAAUAUUCGUGGGAAAGUGCCGCCGAGCCUUGGGAACUGUCGUAAUAUCACCGCAAUCAAUUUGUCAUUGAACAACCUUACUGGAUUUUUGCCACCAGAGCUUGGAAACUUGACAAAUCUUCAAGCAGUAAACCUAUCUCGCAAUUGUUUAGGAGGACCAUUGCCACCUCAACUUGGGAAUUGGAAUAAUUUGCUUCAGUUUGAUAUGGCUUUCAAUUCCUUGAAUGGAUCUAUUCCAUCAACUCUUAGAAGCUGGACACUCUUAUCUACCUUGAAUCUAAGAGAGAACAGUCUUAGUGGAGAUGUUCCUUCAUUUUUAUCCGAACUCCAAAUGCUCUCAGAACUUCAACUUGGUGGCAAUCUAUUACAAGGAGAAAUUCCUUCUACAAUUGGUUUGUUGACGAAUUUAAAAUACGCUUUGAAUCUUAGUAACAAUAAGCUAACUGGUGAAUUGCCUUCUAGUCUGGGGGCAUUGGCCAAUCUACAGCAGCUGGAUGUGUCUCACAACAAUUUAUCAGGAUCCUUGUCAACUCUUGGUAAUAUACCUUCUUUGGUUGAGGUUGAUGUCUCAUACAAUUUGUUCUCUGGUCCGAUACCCUCCACACUAAUGAACCUGUUGAAUAAAUCACCAUCAUCGUUCUUCGGAAAUUCUCAACUUUGUGUUGACUGCUCUCAUGUCACUGAUUCUAACUGUACAGCACAAAGAUACAUUAUGCCAUCAUGUGAUGAUGGGAUAGGGAGUAAAAAUCAUAGGAGUGGCUUUGACAGUAUUCACAUUGCAAUAAUAGCUCUUGGGUCAUCUCUUUUUGUUGUGCUUCUUGCCCUUUUCGUUUACUUUAUCUGUGUCAGAGGCCGAGGAGGAGGACAGAAAGAAGAUGUUGAAUUGUCAAAUCAGGAAGGUACGUCCUUCCUGCUCAACAAAAUAAUGGAGGCUACUGAAAAUCUGAAUGAAAAAUACAUCAUCGGGAGAGGAGCUCAUGGAACUGUCUACAAAGCCUCCUUGGGUCCAGAAAAAAUAUAUGCUGUCAAGAAGCUUGAUUUUGGUGGUUCAAAUGAGAGUAUGAUUAGAGAAGUGCAGACACUAGGGAAGAUCAGGCAUAGAAAUUUAGUCAAAUUGGAAGGUUUUUGGUUGAGGAAGGGUUAUGGACUGAUACUGUAUGAUUACAUGGAAAAUGGAAGCCUUCGUGAUGUUCUACAGCAGACAGAUCCUCCAUGGGAUGUUCGAUACAAAAUAGCUCUUGGAAUGGCCCAAGGAUUGGCAUACCUCCAUUUUGAUUGUAUUCCUGCUAUCAUACACCGUGAUAUUAAACCUGAAAACAUACUCUUGGACUCUGAUAUGGAGCCUCACAUCUCAGACUUUGGCAUUGCUAAGCUUUUAGAUCAAUCACCAAUUUCAGCACAAUCUCUUGCAGUUCCUGGAACAACCGGCUAUAUUGCACCAGAAAAUGCCUUUGCAACAAAAAGGAGUAAUCAGUCAGAUGUAUAUAGCUAUGGGGUGGUAAUGCUUGAACUGUUAACCAGAAAGAAAGCAGUAGAUGCAUCAUUUCCUGAGGGGAUGGAUUUAGUCGGAUGGGUCAGGUCAGCUUUGGAGUGUUCUGAGCCAAACGAUCAUGUGAUUGAUGAAACUCUACGGGAGGAAUAUCUAGAUUCAAAGAUCAUGGAACAAGUACUUGACGUACUUUCCAUAGCUCUGAGAUGCACAGAAAGGGAACCGGGCAAAAGACCGACCAUGAGAGGUGUUGUGAAGCAGUUAGAGGACAUCAAUCCUGCUGCAAGAGGGAAGAGAUCUUAGAAGAUUCUCUCAGGUUUCUCUCUUCUAACUUAAUUUCCUAUGUUGUUUUGGACUACAAUGUAGAUCCCACCCUUCUGUUUAUUUCAUGCAUCCUAUGUUGACCACUAUUGUCAUAGAAGAAAAGCUCAACUCUUGUUUGAUCUUAUAUAUGAUGACUUGCUAGUGUUGUUACUCGUCGAUGCACAAUUAUGCA